GGCUGAAAACCCCUUUCCUUUCGCCUUACGCCAAGGGUAAGGGGUGUGUAUAGGAGGAAAAGUUACGUUUGCUUACAGCUUUCUGAUUGAAAGUACAUACUGUCAUCUUAACCUUUCUUUUCCUGAAACUAUAUAUUUAAUCUGCUUAUGUUACUGUCCACUGCAACAACCAACGCUCCUCAUCAUAUCAAAGACAAGAUGCUUCCCACAGUGACUGGACCAGGGGCUCUGCCCUUUGCUGUGCAGUUGAAGGCCUUGACUGACCAGGAGUUCAGGUACCAGCCCAAGCUGAGCGGGCUGAGGAUCAUUGAGACGGCCCAUGGCAACGGCCUGAGGAUGACCGCCCGGCUCAGAGAGUAUGAGGUGAAGGACCUCCUGUCUCUGACCAGGUUCUUUGGCUUCAGUGCAGAGACCUUCUCCCUGGCCGUCAACCUGCUGGACCGCUUCCUCGCUGUUAUGAAGAUCCAGCCGAAGCAUCUGUCAUGCGUGGGCCUCUCCUGUUUCUACAUCGCUGUGAAGACUUCGGAGGAGGGGAAGAAUGUCCCCAUGGCCAACGAGCUGAUCCGAAUCAGCCAGAACCGCUUCACUGUGUCUGACAUGAUGAGGAUGGAGAAGAUCAUUCUGGAGAAACUCUACUGGAAGGUCAAAGCCCCCACGGCCCUCCACUUCCUCAGGCUGUUUUACAGCUAUAUCCAGGACACGCUUGAAGAUGACUGCAAGGAGAUCCUGAACAUUGAGAGACUAGAAGCCCAGCUGAAAGCCUGCCAUUGCUCUUUCACUUUCUCCAAAGUCAAGCCCUCUCUGCUUGCCCUGUCCUUGUUGGCCCUGGAGUUUCAGGAGCAGCAUGACCAUGAGCACGUAGACAAGCUGCUAAACGCCUUCAAGUCUCUCCAGCAGCAACUCACUGUCCGACAAGGAGACCUGGUUAUCGUGACAGAGUUGGUUAUGAAGUGUCUCAUUGAGUAUUCAACCACCAGGGUCUCCAGGCCCAACAGCCAGAGGCUUCGUUGGAUCCUCUCUGGCAGAACGCAACGCACGUUGAAACACAGCUACUACAAGAUCGCCCAUAUGCCCACAAUCCCCGAGUCCGCCUACUGAACCCUGGGGCUGGGUGACCACUGAUACAAAAGUAGGAGUACACCGAUACAAAAGGAGAAGUAGGCUACCACCUCUUCUCCCCUAAAAACAUGUUUUGUUUUUCAGUUUCAUGGAAAAAUGGCAAAAAAAAUCCCAAAAAAUAACUUCCUGUACUCUACUUUUGCUACAUGGUCACCCACCUCCACUAACCCAUUUCCCUUACAGAACUGCAUUAUGGAUGAUGUAGUUCUUUAAGGGGAAAACCUGUUACCUUUUUCUUUCCUUUUCUCCUAGUUUUUCUGUAUUUGAAUAAGCUCACUAUUUAUUAGCCUACAUCUGCUUCAUUGACUAAGGCUGCUUCUGAAACGGCACCCUAUUCCCUAGAUAGUGCACUACUUUUGAUAAGGUUGGAUCGCUCUAUAGGGAAUAGGGUGCCAUUGAGAAGGCACGCCAUGGGAGUAAUGCCCGGUCAAGAGUGGGUUUAUCCGCUGCCACCUAGCGAAGGUGAAAUCCUUCCUGGUUGAAAUGCGUGUAUACAGUAUGUUCUUAUCUGAAUCAGUACCAACAUGAAUACUCUGCAUAGUAUUCUAUCGUGGUUGCUGGUUUUAAGCAAUGAAGUAUAGAACCACCUAGGUCCUCAGUCCACUAUGUGGAAGAGGAGGGAGAAGGGUUUUGUGAAAAUGCAAAAACAAUGGAACCAAGAAAUCGGACCCAAAACCCUUAACUUCCACCCUAGGUUGACGAACUGGCCUAAAAAUGCACACUCCUCUACCCAAGGUGAUGAAAAAUAUAUUUUAUUUUGAAACUUUUUUGUUGUUGUACUUGUGAGGGUGUUUUUGUUGCGGUUUCCCCAGUGAUGUGAUGAAACUAGCAACGAUCCUGCACAUGUAUUGGUUUUAGCUUGCAGGAUAGCAUGCUCUUGGAGCUGAAAUGGUCUGUGGAUGACGCCCCCCCCCCCCCAUUAUCUACUGUGACAUCGAUAUAACUAACAAUGGUUACAGAUUAACACGAUCACUAUUACAGAAUGUGAUGUUGAAUUAUCUUGAUUUGUGGCAAAAACAAAACGUAGCCUUUUUAGAGAACAACCACUCACAAUUAAUUUAUUGUAUUAUGCUAAAAAUGCACUAAGUCACUUAGAUAAGCACAGUUAAUAUAGGAAAUGAAGUUUGUUUGAUCUGCAUUUACUAAAGUAUUUGAUGUGCUUGAGGCCAUAGCCAACCACAACUGAGCUUAGUAUUUUGUUAAGAAUUUGAAAUAAAGUUGAUGUUCUGGAAUUUGAAAACUUUGCCUAAAAAAAAAAGUGUUAACUAAAUCUGUUUAACCCCAUGUGUUUGGACCUUUCAAUAAAACCAUAUUGAAAAGCUG